UUGUCUCUGGCAAUUCAUUCAAAGAUUGUCAGCGCGUGAAGCUAGUAUUGUCGGAAGUGUAGAGCUAGAUUUCACCAUGAGUUUCAAUAAAGAUGAAUUAGAGCCUCCCCAAUGGGUUAAUAGUGACUUUUUGCGAAAGGUUAUUGAAGAGAGUGGAAAAGGGAAAAAUGUUCAGAUUCGCAAAUAUGAAAGCACUCCUGCUACCGCACUUGGCGACCACUAUGCCAGCAUAAUGUUUCGCAUUAAAGUUACUUUUACUGCCGAUGGCAUUGCCAAUGGAGUUAUUUCAUUAAUUCUAAAAACUUGUCCAGAUGAUGAUGGAUUGAAGAAAGAAAUGCUCAGUGCUAUUGAUGUUUUCGGCUUGGAAAUACAUAUGUAUACAAAAGUACUUACCGAAUGCAGAGACAUUUUGGAAAAAUGUGGAUAUACGGAUUUGCUUGCGCCAAGAGUAAUAUAUUCGUCAUUGGAGCCACAUAAAUUUUUAAUUUUUGAAGACCUCAAAGAGCAAGGAUACUUCAUGUUGCCUCACAAUAUCCCGGAUGAGUAUGAAACCAGACUUAUAUUCUCCAAAGUGGCACAAUAUCAUGCCGUCACAUUUAAAAUGCAGGCCGAUGGCCGGAAUGACUUCAAUUUCAAAGGCACCAUUUUUGGUUUUUCAUUCGGUAGACGCAUGGAAUUUUUCUUAACAGGACCAAAAUUCUUGGCAGAAGUAAUGGAGACUUUGCCUGGUUUUGAAUCAUGCGCAAACAAAUUGCGCAAAAUUACAGCAGAUUGGCUAAUGGAUGAAUGCACAAAGGUAGUCAAUACACCUGCAGCUUAUAGUGUCCUCAACCAUGGCGACUUUCAUGUACGGAAUAUGAUGUUCAAAAAGAAUGUAUUCAAUGCUAUUUCGGAGAUUGCUCUGGUUGACUUUCAAAUCCCUCAUUGGGGCUCGCCGGCCUAUGAUUUAGUUUACAUGGCAGCGAUCCUGCCAUACGAACUCCGUGAGAUGGCAUUCAGGCAUUACUUCAACAUCUUUAUUGAUGUCCUGGUGAAGACUGGCUACGAGGGUGAAUUACCCACAUACGAACAAUUGCAAGAAGAAAUCAAAGCUUACAGUUAUUUGGAAUUAUACUUCCAAUCAACGUUGGCAGUAUUCGUAUACAUGGAUAGAAGUAAGAUGGAUUUUGAAAUGGAAGCGAUUUUGCUUGAUCCAGUUGUAAGAAGGAGCUUAUUUGAUAAUGAAAAAUACAUUGCCCAUAUCAAGGACACUGUACCAAAGCUAUUGGAGGUCAUCAACAUUGAAUGAAAUUUUGACUUAGAAAAA